GAAGACGAAGAGGGGGAGGAGAGAGGAGGGAGGCGUUUGGCUCCUGGUCGACGGCGGGAGAGGUUGCUGACGAAACAGCCGUCUGGCCCUUUAAAUCACCAAUAGCGCAUUCCGAGGUGAGUUGGGCCACAUUAAUCGCUCCUUUUAUGAUCACGAUUUCGAUUGCCGGUAUUUUCCCCACGUAUGUGCACGCGCAGCCUGACUCAAGUACCGAUUGCGCGGCCGGCCUUCCGCCCCCCCCCCCACCACCUCCAUCCCCUGUCCCUAGCAGCGGAGGCGGACUCCAUCUGUGUCACGAAGCCGGAUUUCCCAGCCCAUCGCCGGCUCGGAGAGACCGCUGCCGCCGGUGUUGGACUCUGGCUGACUGGAAGAUUUGUUUUUUUUUUUUUUUUUUUUUUUUUUUUUGCUUACCCAACCGGACUGCUCACACAACCAGCCCACACUUUACGAGUGGAGUAAUUAAACUGGAUUCUCCCGAGCCAAGAGGGUGACGAUCCGAGUGAGAAAGGACACACUGAGCACGCCUGGAGGAAAUGAGGACGUCAAUGUGAGCCCAUCUGUCGUGACCCGCUCUCACUGAUCUCCUACCCCGCCUUCAUCCAACUCCUGCCUGACAUUAUUUGGCAGUUUUCUGCAGUUUUGGUGCAUUCUGAUGGAUAAGUAUGUCCACCACUAAUAAUAUCGCCCAGGCCAGGAAACUGGUGGAGCAGCUGAGGAUCGAAGCGGGCAUUGAGCGGAUUAAGGUGUCCAAAGCGGCCGCCGACCUGAUGAGCUACUGCGAGCAGCAUGCUCGUAGCGACCCGCUGCUGGUCGGCGUUCCCACCUCCGAAAACCCUUUUAAGGACAAGAAGCCCUGCAUCAUCCUAUAGCUGCGCUCCACACACACGCACACACUUACACGCAUACACACAAACACACAUACACACUCCUGAAACAGCCUCUCUGGAAAAGCGCCAUAAUCUGCGGUCGGAGUCAAGAUGGAGGUGGGGAGAGUGGUGGAGGGUGUGUGUGUGUGUGGGGGGGGGGGGGAAUCUCGGUAAUGAUGGUGUUCUUAUUUCUGAUCAGAGUGGUUGAGAUCCGUGUGAGCCAAGGUGCUUUGGUCUAAUUUUCACAUCAUGCUGGUCACCUCUCAACAAGUGUCAUCUUAACUUGAAGGGGACGCAUUUAUUUUGGGGGUGGAGCCAAGGAUUGAGGCGCAGGGACAUGGGGACAGACGGAAGGUUUAACUUGAUGUACAUUGUUGAUGUUUCGUCUUCAUUAAGAUGGACGUACAACAUAUACGAGCUGGCGUUUUCUUAUUUGUUUCCGUAACGCUGUCCUGUGUACAAAGUAGCCACAGAAUAGGGGUACAAAGCUGGCGGGAUCAUUUUCCGCCUUUUGGAGGUAGCAUCAGAAGCCCCUUUCAUAUUGCUGGCAACGUAGUCGACCCAUCCAUUUCCCGUCUUUUGAACAGAAGCGCCCCUUCCACGUUGCCCAUCAAAGCUGGCCUCUUGAAACAUGAGGCACGAUACAAAUGUUACGAUUUUGAAAUGGAACAAUUCGGUUUAAUUCAUUAGGAAUCGAUUCGAUUUGGCGAUGUGAUAUGGCAGUAAGUUUCAUCAUGCUUCUUCAUCUGACACGACAACGUAAAAGCUCUCCAAAACCCAAACCACCCAAGUUAAUUAAAAAGAAAAAACUAAUUACGAGCAGUGUCAAAUAGAUUGAAAAGCGAUUAAAUACAUUAAAGACGAUUCGUUAUGUAUCUCAAUACAAGAGGUAUAACUGAAAUAGAUUUUGAUUUCUUGUUCGUCGGGUUUGAAACAUGGUAAAUCCGGACAAUGUAUGCCCACCAUUCGAUGAACCAACCCUGAUGUAAACGUAACAAAUUCCCGCCGAAAAAAACCCCAGCAAGUUCCUGCUUCUUGUUCGUCUUGAUUUUAAUGCAACAAAUAAGAAUGCUGCUUCCUUUGCGUUGAUUGUUAAAAAAAAGGAAACAAAUGAAAGUGAAGAGAAAG